CUUAUCUGUAGAUCGUCGGGAAACCUAAUUGUCUCUGUGAAAUGUCGACGCGAGCUUGACACCAGCGAAUUCUCAUGCAGCGUCAAGAGAUAUCGUGUUGCCACGGAGCGUUAGGAACGCACAGCAAAUGCAUAUUUCUGGGCUGACACCCUAUACCGUCUCGUUCACCACUAUGAUUAUGUCUGCUGCAGUACUGGCGGGCAUAGUUACAGCAAUAACCCGGGUGCUUGCAGAUAUGUAUGGGUGCGGACAGCUCGCGGGUUUUAACGAAGGCGAUUCGUUUUUGUUUUACUGUUUGGAAGACAACACUAUCGAGUUCAUCAAGGCUUGCGACUGUGUGACUUGCUGUACCGUCGUCAAUGGAGGUGUAGGCGUAGACGGGUCCUACAGCUGCACAUAAGAGGAAAAGGUGAGCCUGCUUCUUGCUUGCUGUGUCCAUAAUGUCAUAGUGAUACAUUACAGAUGUCUCCAUAAUCGGUGAUCCUGGCACAGGUGGAAUUGUUUUAGCGUCUACCUGGCUCUACCACUGCCCACUUGAACCUGUAGUGUUGAAGCUUAACAGUGUAAAAUUGGACACAUACCUUGAUGC